GUGUGUGUGUGUGUGUUUCCAGGCCCCCCCCCAAAAAAGCAACAAGUCUCUCCCACACGUGGUGGUGGUCAAUGUCAGACGUGGGUCUCAGCCGUGUGCCCUUGUUGUCUUCCUUCACGUCCUGACCUGCCGUCUUGUGGAUAUCCAACAUGGGCGGAGGGCGUGGUGCGGAGAAUGGCGGCAAGAAGAAAAAGAAGGCUCGGGAUUUAGAGGAGCUGAAGAAGGAGGUGUCCAUGGAUGACCACAAAAUAUCAGUGGAUGAUCUUGGGAAGCGUUAUGGACUGAGCCCUACACAGGGCCUCACCAACGCCAAAGCCGCAGAGGUUCUGGCUCGGGACGGACCCAACGCGUUGACACCUCCCCCCACCACGCCCGAGUGGGUCAAGUUCUGCCGCCAGCUGUUUGGCGGAUUCUCCAUGCUGCUGUGGACCGGCGCCAUCCUCUGCUUCCUGGCCUACGGCAUCCAGGUGGCCACCGAGGACGAGCCGCCCAAUGACAACCUCUAUCUGGGCGUGGUCCUGGCCGCCGUGGUCAUCAUCACCGGAUGUUUCUCCUACUUCCAAGAGGCCAAGAGCUCUCGCAUCAUGGACUCCUUCAAGAAGAUGGUACCGCAGCAAGCCAUGGUCAUCCGCGAGGGGGAGAAGAUGCAGAUUGACGCCGAGUUGGUGGUGCAGGGAGACCUGGUGGAGAUCAAAGGUGGAGACCGCGUCCCCGCCGACCUGAGAAUCAUCACCUCUAGUGGAUGUAAGGUGGACAACUCGUCUCUGACCGGCGAGUCGGAGCCUCAGACCCGCUCUCCAGAGUUCACGCACGACAAUCCCUUGGAGACGCGCAACAUCUGCUUCUUCUCCACCAACUGUGUCGAAGGCACGGCUCACGGCGUGGUCAUCGCCACGGGAGAUCGGACGGUGAUGGGCCGCAUCGCCACGCUGGCGUCGGAGCUGGAGGUCCGCCGCACGCCCAUCAACAUCGAGAUCGAGCACUUCAUCCACCUCAUCACCGGCGUGGCCGUCUUUCUGGGCGUCAGCUUCUUCAUCCUGUCGCUCAUCCUGGGUUACUCCUGGCUGGAGGCCGUCAUCUUCCUCAUUGGCAUCAUCGUCGCCAACGUGCCCGAGGGUCUCCUGGCCACCGUCACUGUGUGUUUGACGCUGACGGCCAAGCGGAUGGCCAAGAAGAACUGCCUGGUGAAGAACCUGGAGGCCGUGGAGACGCUGGGCUCCACCUCCACCAUCUGCUCGGACAAGACGGGCACACUGACCCAGAACCGAAUGACCGUGGCCCACAUGUGGUUCGACAACCAGAUCCACGACGCUGACACCACCGAGGACCAGAGCGGUUCGUGUUUUGACAAGAGUUCUGCGACUUGGUUAGCCUUGUCCCGCGUGGCUGGCCUGUGCAACAGAGCUGAAUUCAAAGCUGGACAGGACAAAGUGGCCAUCUUGAAGAGGGAGACAGCAGGCGACGCAUCCGAGUCUGCAUUGCUGAAAUGCAUUGAGCUGUGUAGCGGGAGCGUGCGAGACAUGAGAGCCAGGAACACCAAAGUGGCAGAAAUCCCUUUCAACUCCACUAACAAGUACCAGCUCUCCGUCCACGAAGUGGAGGACAAUCCUGCCGGUCACAUUCUGGUAAUGAAGGGAGCGCCAGAGAGAAUCCUGGACAGGUUGGUUCAUCAAUAAUAGAUCAAUGACGGCCCAUAGGCCGCACAGCAGAGAGGAUUUAGCUG